AUGGGUGAACAUUUGCAAAUCCGGGCCCUGAUGGACAAGCCCAAGAACAUCCGUAACAUGUCCGUCAUUGCUCACGUCGAUCACGGAAAGUCCACUCUAUCCGACUCCCUGGUUCAGCGUGCUGGUGUCAUCGCCGCUGCCAAGGCUGGUGAGGCCCGGUUCAUGGAUACUCGUCAGGAUGAGCAGGACCGUGGUAUUACCAUCAAGUCUACUGCUAUCACCCUGUACUCCAAGUUCGAUGACCCUGAGGAUCUCAAGGAGAUUGCUCAAGGCCACGAUGGCAACGAGUUCCUGAUCAACUUGAUCGACUCUCCUGGUCACGUUGACUUCUCCGCUGAGGUCACUGCCGCUCUUCGUGUCACUGACGGUGCCCUGGUCGUCGUCGACUCUGUCUCCGGUUCCUGCGUCCAGACCGAGACUGUCCUGCGUCAGGCUCUGGGUGAGCGUAUCAAGCCUGUUUUGAUCAUCAACAAGGUUGAUCGUUCCAUGCUUGAGCAACAGCUCGGUAAGGAGGAUCUUUACCAAAACUUGUCCCGUAUCAUUGAGACCGUCAACGCCACCAUUGCUACCUACGAAGACAGGGCUCUUGGUGAGACAAGAGUUGCCGCCGAAAAGGGUACCGUUGCUUUCGGUUCCGGUCUCCAUGGUUGGGCUUUCACUGUCCGCCAGUUCGCCGUCAGGUACGCUAAGAAGUUCGGUGUUGACCGGAAGAAGAUGCUUGAGCGUCUGUGGGGUGAAAACUACUUCAACCCCAAGACCAAGAAGUGGUCUACCAAGGGCACUGAUGCUGACGGCAAGUCUCUCGAGCGUGCUUUCAACCAAUUCUGCUUGGACCCCAUCUACAAGAUCUUCGAUGCCGUCACCAACAACAAGAGAGACCAGAUCAGCACUCUCGUCGAGAAGCUUGAGAUCAAGCUUACUAGCGAUGAGAAGGAUCAGGAGGGCAAGCUGCUCCUUAAGACCAUCAUGCGCAAGUUCUUGCCUGCCGCCGAUGCUAUGUUGGAGAUGAUCUGUAUCCACUUGCCUUCUCCCGUUACUGCCCAGAAGUACCGUGCCGAGACUCUGUACGAGGGUCCUCAGGAUGACGAGUGCUUCAACGCCAUCAAGGAGUGUAAGGCUGGUACCAAGGAGGACCCUGCUCCCCUGAUGCUCUACGUCUCUAAGAUGGUUCCCACUUCCGAUAAGGGACGUUUCUAUGCUUUCGGUCGUGUUUACUCCGGUAUCGUCAGGUCCGGUCUCCAGGUCCGCAUCCAGGGUCCCAACUACACCCCUGGCAAGAAGGACGACCUGUUCAUCAAGAAGAUUCAGCGUACUGUUCUGAUGAUGGGCGGUAAGACCGAAGCCAUUGACGACGUUCCCUGCGGUAACAUCGUUGGUCUGGUUGGUGUUGACCAGUUCUUGCUCAAGUCUGGUACCCUCACCACCUCUGAGACCGCUCACAACCUCAAGGUCAUGAAGUUCUCCAUCUCUCCGGUCGUGCAGCGUUCCGUUGAGGUCAAGAAUGCUGCUGAUCUUCCCAAGCUUGUCGAGGGUCUUAAGCGUCUGUCGAAGUCCGAUCCUUGUGUCCUGACCAUGAUUAACGAGUCCGGAGAGCACGUCGUUGCUGGUGCCGGUGAGUUGCAUCUUGAGAUUUGCUUGAACGAUCUCGAGAAUGAUCACGCCGGUGUUCCCCUCAAGAUCUCCGACCCUGUUGUCUCUUACCGUGAGUCCGUCGCUGGCACGUCCAGCAUGACUGCUCUCUCCAAGUCUCCCAACAAGCACAACCGUCUCUACGUCACCGCCGAGCCAAUUGAGGAGGAGUGUGCUCUUGCCAUUGAGGCCGGCAAGAUCAGCCCCCGUGACGAUUUCAAGACUCGUGCCCGUCUCAUGGCUGAUGAGUAUGGAUGGGAUGUCACCGAUGCCCGUAAGAUCUGGACCUUCGGUCCUGACACCACUGGUGCCAACUUGCUAGUUGACCAGACCAAGGCCGUCCAGUACCUUAAUGAAAUCAAGGAUUCCGUUGUCUCCGGUUUCCAGUGGGCGACUCGUGAAGGUCCUAUUGCUGAGGAGCCCAUGCGUGCUGUCCGCUUCAACAUCCUUGAUGUUACCCUUCACGCUGAUGCUAUCCACCGUGGUGGUGGUCAGAUCAUCCCCACUGCUCGUCGUGUUCUCUACGCCGCUCAACUGCUUGCUGACCCCAGUAUCCUGGAGCCCAUCUUCAACGUUGAAAUCCAGGUUAACGAGCAGGCUAUGGGUGGUAUCUACGGUGUCCUUACCCGCCGUCGUGGUCACGUUUACUCCGAGGAGCAGAGACCCGGUACCCCUCUGUUCACUAUCAAGGCCUACCUUCCCGUCAACGAAUCCUUCGGUUUCCCCACUGACCUCCGUGCGGCCACUGGUGGCCAGGCCUUCCCCCAGUCCGUCUUCGAUCACUGGGAGGUUCUUCCUGGUGGUUCUCCUCUUGACCCCGCCACUAAGCCUGGUCAGGUCGUUACUGAGAUGCGUAAGCGCAAGGGUCUCAAGGAACAGGUUCCUGGAUACGAGAACUACUAUGACAAGCUGUAA